GCUGACGUUCCGUGGUUCGACAGACAUCACGACGUCGUCAACGUGUAUGCGGGCCAUCAAAUGGCGAGUACCUGCCUUGCAAACACUCCACAUUUCUUGUCCAGAGUUCGACAAUGGCCAAUAUUAAGCCGUUCUCUUCACCAAUCUAUGCUCCAUCACCAAUUUCAUGGGCCUCGGAGAUCUUCGUUCUUUAACUAUCAAAUCCCACUUGGUAGACUAUGAUUUCCUCAUCGCCCUCUCUACAUUUGACAACCUCGAGCACCUUCACGUGAAAACUACAUCGAACAUACCUAGCAGCAGCCGUCAAAUCCAGGACGGCUUCCCUUCCCUCAAAUCUCUCCAUAUCACUGCCAAGGUAUCGGAAAUGUCGCGUAUUCUCCGGCUUUUCCAUCAAGGUACACUGGAGGCGCUCACCUUUGUCGAUACCUCCGGCGAGGCAUUCCGCACCAGCUCAGAGUUCAUGAUGGACUUUUACCGUGAACUGGUAGUGCGCUUCCCCCUCCGCAAUCUCUCCAUAACCUACCGGUCAGCACAGUUCGAUAGAACACUCUGGGCCUCCUCAAGAGUGGUGUUUGAGCUGCUAUAUGAGCUGCAUCUCUUGAGAUCCAUCCAUUUUGUGGGCGAACUGGUAUUGGACGAUGAGACUAUCAAAACUCAUCUCGCACCGUCAUGGCCUGACAUUGAAUCGAUUUCGAUGCCUCAGUUGCCUGGAGACCCUCCUUCAUAUGCUAUGCUCCCCGGUUUGGCCAAAUGUUGUCCAAGACUUGUGUCGCUGACCAUGCCUAUCGGGUUUCCUGACAUACCGGCGGUAGAGGAAGUGCUUUCACAUCGGCUGCAGAUCUUGAAGUCGGUUAAUACAGUAGCAAAAAAACCGGCUCUCGUCGCAAGGUUCCUGGAUAGAAUCUUUCCGUUCUUGGUGCGGGUUGAAGGAGGGUCGGGUUGGACUGAGGUUGAUUCGAUCCUUCGGGAUGUGUGUCAGCCGAUUCGGUGGGACCAGCAUCAGAGGGAGCGGGGAAAGUGAUGGUAAUUAUGUCCAAAGAGUAUGGGAAGGAAACUGACUAUGCAA